AUGCUGCUCUACGUCGACGACAUACUGCACCUCCUUGCCAGCGGAAUGGGAAUCCCAUCCGGUGAGGCCGAGGCUGUUUCUAUACUAUUAUGGCUGACCUACGGCUUUAGAUUUCAGCUUCACAAGGUCAUCGUCCACCAGAACCCGAUAAAAUAUAUCGGUUACAUGCUCCAUCUCAACUCCCCUAACUCCGGUGAGAUCACUUUGACGAUACCUGAUGAAAAAAUACGAAGGAUAAUUGAGGACCUCAGAAGUCUGAGAAAGCAACCUCGCAUCUUUCUGAGUGAGGUUGAGAAGACUUGCGGCAAGCUUAUGUGGAUGUGCGGCCUAUUGACACACUUAAAAUCCCACCUGGUAGUAUUCUAUGGUGCGAUUGCAUACAUGAAGCGUCAUGAUCUGCGAUCAAUGGACCUGAGUAAAGACAUGAAGCAGACCAUCGAUCUCUGGCUACAUAUACUGACCGUAGACCACUUCCCAAAGACGAUUCGCGUCAGACCCUCCAUCGACGAUAACCGACUUGUCUUGGCAUCAUGCGAUGCCAGCCUUGACGGUAUGGGGGGGCUGUAUCUGGAUGAAGGGCCAGACGUUCUGGUUUGCUUAUCGGCUGAGUGA